AUGACCAACAAGAUUCUGGAUGUCUAUGGAGCCAAUGGUGCAACAGGCUAUGACAUCAGGUGCUUGUACAGCAAGACAGUAGUGAGGAGCUCAAUAUCUGCCAAGGCAGUAUCUUUUCAGCACCAUUUUGUGGUAAACUCAUUCCAUGGUCAUGCACAUAAUUGCUGCUGUCAAUUACAGUUUCAUCCUUUGUACCAGAAAGGACUUGGCCUUGAGGAUCUUGAAACCUGUGAGCACAUCUUCUCUGCUUUGAAUGCCAUUUCUCCUGUUAUUCACAAAUACCUAGAGCUGAGUAAAUUUUUAUGCAACAAUUAUAAGCAAGUGCUUCAUAUCAUUAACAAGUUCACACUGACUGCCAAAGAGCUCAAGACUCAGCUUGGGAUUUCAGACGCUGACUUCAAGUGCUGGAAUGCGGAGGAGGCUGAGUACCUCGAGAACUUGAAGAGAGAACCAGACUUUGACAUUCAAAGUACUGCAUAUGUUGAGGCACUGCAGUCGUUGUUGGCUGCCAAGUAA